AUGCAGCUCUUCACGUCUUCCCGCAGCGCUUUGAGCGUCAUUCGUAUCUAUAGCAGGCCUUUCACUUGCCGGCGUGAACUUGCGGGCAUUGCCAAAUUCCCUUCACGUGGAACUGCCGGUAGGCAGCGUCAACUACAAGGCUGCAUGAGGCAGCUGAGGGCGGUGCUGCGCGGCUCCGUCCUCAUUGCGCAGCUCCUCUCUGCAUCGUUCUUCCUUCAGGGAUGCGACGACGAGCAGGAGGAGGAGUCCCACCCACCCGCGGCGGUCAAGGAUGCGCACCAAGUGGAGGAUUUGGCAGCAAAAGAAGACAGCCGCGGUGAGCAAAGUGCUCUGGACAGGGUGCCAAUAGUGGAGCGACUGCCGCGGUCUGCACAUGAAGAAGCUUGGGGUUUCGGCCGGACAUCGCAAAGUCGGUCAGGGCCCAGCGAGCAGCUCGUUCUGGUGAAUGCCAGCAGCGUCAAGCGGGAUGCAAAACCCGGUCAGGGUGACAAGCUGCUGGAUCAUGAACGCGCCUUCGAGCGAGCACUUAUGUCGGGCUCCGAUGCCAGCAGACAGGUACACAUGAUGGUGGCUGACCAUUAUCUGCAGGACUACUACAAGCACACAAGUACAACCACAACCACGACCACCACCACGACAACCACCACCACCACGACCACGAGCACCGUCAAGAAAUACUACAAGAACUCUACGGGGUCUACCAUUGACUCCAGUUGGAAAAGCAAAAGAACACGAAGAACCACGACAAGUACAACCACGACGACAACUGAGACGCCAGUCGAUGAGGUGCUUUUGGUCAACGUCCCCGCGAUCAAGGUUGGCGAGAGCAAUGCCACCGACGAAAAUCUGUCCUCUGCGCCACCGCUCCCGCCGCUCUUGGCAGAGGAACUGUCUAACGAGCGAUCGAAGAGGCUGGUGCCGCAGGAUUUCACGAAGGACGUCCUGGACAAGGCAGAAGAUGCCGCAGCCGCAGCUAGAGCAGCCGAAGGUAGCGAGGACGUCGCCAGCACCUCUUCCACCUUGUCGCCUGUGACCAGCACCUCUUCUACCUCACCUAGUGAUGCCACCACGACCACCACCUCUGAGACCCCACAGCCUACUACUACAACGAGCAGCACAUCAGAGACCCCUACCACCAUCACGACUACGACUGCUGUUCAGAUCCUCACCAGCGACCCGAUCGUCAAAGCUGCCGAGGGAGAGACAAAGGAAAGUCAGGAUGCCGGGGAGCUCGCGGAGGAGGCGCGGGCAAAAGAGGAGGCACUGGCGAAACGGACGACCAGCACAGAGCCAAGCGACAGUGACGAGGAUGAGGAGAGCGAGGACUCUUCGCCGGCCUCACGGAAAACCGAGGAGCAACAGGAGCAGGCCAUAGAUGAUGACGAGGACAAGGACGAUGCAGAAGCUCAGAGUAUCAUGCAGCUUCAUGGAAAGCCAGCGCAGGAAUCUUAUGCGGAAGGUAUGUCUCGGGUACAUCGGCUACAACAGGACCGCGCUGCUCUACUGGAGCUGCAGUUGCGUCAAGAUCAGCAACUUGACGAAUUACGUCGGCGCCUGCAGAGGCAUCAGGAGAAGGAGCUGGAACGGUUUCACCAGCAGCAGCAGAAAGAGCUCGAGGUGCUGAGGUUAGAGUCAGAAGCCUCGCAGUGGAAUGCGAUGCCAAGCAUGGAUCAAGAACAUGCCCAUGCAAGGCAUAGACAUGGCUCGCGCAAGAUGGGUCAGUGGCUACAGGAGAUUGUGGACAGCUCGAAGCUGUGA